UCAAAUUAUCAUUUCCUGUUGCACGUAAUGUGUAACCACCUCGAUGUGUACUGUAAAUUAUAUAAUUUCUCACAAUGGCGGCCCCAGAUGAACUAUAUAAAAUGAAACUCAUUACAGAGCUGUCCAAUCAAGCUGUCCAUGAGUAUGAGGGUCUUCAGAGGCAGCAUGAGAGAGACACCAUGGAGUGUCAACGGAUGCAGGCAGAGAGAGACGAGGCAGUCAAAAGGCUUGAAGAGUUUCAAAAAGUGUCCCACAUGGUCAUUGAAGAGGUCAACAGCAUUCAGGAGAACCUGGACAUAGAGAGGACAUGCAGACAGAGUGUGGAAGCCCUGGCCUCCAAGUUGAACCGGCAGAACCGCUCCUUGAAGAGGAAGAGUAUGUUGUACCUGGCCCACCUGGGACCGGAGACCAUUGCUGAGAUCAGCCUGAAGGAUGAAGAAGAGGAGGAGGAGGAGGAGAGUGGGGACACUCAGGUAGAAAAAGAGUGCUCCUCAGCCCACUGCCAGAGCACCAUCACAGAACUGAAGAAUAAAUUGGAGUUGACACUGGAGGAGAAAAAGCAAGCCGCCAUUGAUCAUGAGGCUACAAGAGAGGAAUUAAGGGACAUUAGAGAAGAAUUGCUGACAGAAAAACAUGAUAAUAUGGUUUUGAUUGCUGAGACAGUCCGACAAAAGAAGCUCUUGGCGAAAUACAACAGAGUGUCGCUGUUUGCUGUGGAGGAGUACGAGGCCCUGCAGGAAAACCUGGAUCUGGAGAGGGACCUGAGGGCAGAGGCAGAGAAAUUUGCACGAGAGAUGCUGGUUGAGCAGAAGAAGCUGAACAGACAGAGUCAGAUUGUGCUAAAGAGCUCCUCACCCAGUGAGGCCCUGCAGGCAGCCCUCAGUGAUGUUACCAGGCUCACCCAGGUCCUGGAGACCCAGAGGCUGGAGCACCAACAACAGAUGAAGGUGAUUGAGGAGCAGCUCAGGGGUUCAGAACUACAGAAAGAGGUGGUGGCGUUACAGCGCAAGCUAGAGCUCCUGGCGGAAGAGAGAAGGGAGCAUGAGGAGAGGUGUUCCAAGGCUAAGGUGGAGGCCAAGGAUCUCAAGUUUACUGUUGAGGAGCUGCAGAAGAAGCUCCAGGCGCUAUCUAACCCUCUUCCUGCUCCAGCUCCUCCACCUCCGCCACCCCCUCCUCCACCACCAGCCCCACUCACCAACCCUCUCAGUUCACUGCUAUUGAUGAUUCGCAAAAAGAAAGAUAUCAGUAGGGAUAUUCCAUUAGUGGUUCAAGACUCAGCAAAGGAGCCAGAGAUGGACAUCAGGCAACAGGCUGUGGAUGAGAUGAUGCAGAGAAUCAAAAGGGGGGUUCACCUCCGACCCGUGGGCCAGGCCCCUAACAAAACCAAGCCCGUCCAGCGAGAAAGGGUACCCUCCAAUUCUGCCAUUCAGGAACUUAAAGGAAUUCUGGACACUUUCAAAAGGCCCUCCCCCCACCUUAAAGUUGGAUCUCCAUCAACAAACACUGAGUCUGAGCUGGAGAGAGUUCUACAGAGACGGCGGAGCGCGUUCCAGACCUCACAGGAAAGUUGUUCGCCAUCCUCGCCUCGUCCCUUCCCCAGCAGUGUUCUGGAUGUCACCAGGGUGAGAGGGGACCAGCCCCAGACCAAGCAGAGCUCCCAGGAAUCUCAGGACUCUGUCCCGCUCUAGGCCCACUCAGUGGACCUGAGUUCUGGCCACUAGCACCCCAGGGCCCUGGAUGACAGACCUGCACCUGUCAAUGCUGCAGUCAGCUCUCUGGUGAAGGAAAGAAGACCUCAGAGUACAAAGCCCGUCUGGUGUCCCAAUUGCACUACACAGGGUUGGGGAGUAAUGAACUACAUGUGGUUCAACUAGUAAUUUAAUUACAUUUUGCAGUAGCUUGGUGGU